AUGUCCUCCCGAUCCGAAAACGAGCGCGAUACAGGCGAGGAUGAAUAUCAAGACGAAUAUCUUGACUCUGACGAGGAUCAAGAUUUCGGGUCCGACGAGGAAGAGCAUGGAAAUGACGAAGCCGAAGCCGAAGCCGAAAUCGAAGACGAAGAAGAGUCUGAACUUCGGCCCAUGAGCCACGGUCGUAAGCGUCCUGCAACAGCCUCUCCUCCCCUACCUCCUCCGAGGAAGCGAGGCAGACCCAAAGGCUCAAAGAAUAAGCCUAAAGCAACCCCUAAAGACUCAAGAGCACAGGGGAAACAGGCGGCGAAGAAGGUCAAAAAGCUCAGUAAUGUCAAGGUGAAGCGGCAGAAAGAGACGACACAAAGACAGUUGAUCUCUAUAACCUACACCAGGCCACGGAUCACAGUUGCUUGUGUAUCAGCAUAUGUUGGUCCAGACGUUGCCACUUUUGACGCGAACUGGACUCAUGCAGAUGAGCGCGCACAAGGGUAUGAAGGAUCCGCGGAGAAGCGCGCCAUAUCUAAAAUGACCUUGGGUAGUCAUGGUAGACAACUGACCUUCUGGAAGGUUACAGAUAAGACGUCGAUGGCCGUUUGGGACCAGAUGUUUUGCCGAGAGUUCGCGGACAUCAUGUCUCACCACGUAUGGAAUGGAGACAUUGAUGUAUUGGUCACUUUACUCCAAUACACCGUCAUCUGUCGAACGGAUGACCGAAGGCGCUGGCAGGUCCCGACAACGAUGGUCGAGGCUGGUCCAACAGUUCGUCUGAGGACAGAACUACAGACAUACUUGGCGCCUUUGCCAACAUCUAUUCACGAGCUACACAAGGAUAUCCGCGACAACAGAAGCCCAGCCAUCAUUCACUGUCCGCUCUCGAAUCUCAUGAUGACGAUCGCAGAGGUUGAAGCCGACAGACGCGAAUCUGGGCAUUACACGCGCUGGAACACUGUCAAGCAAUUUCAUGAUGGCUAUGAGGUGUAUGGGGUCACGAUAGCAGAUUUGGGAAUCAUCAAGGAGGCAAUUGAGAUGUUCAGCAAAACAAGCACUGAGGCUUCGUUUGACGCAUUCAAGAAAAUUAAUAAGCUCGGUAGAGAAGAAGUGACCAUAGCUCAAUUCCGGAGCCUCAUGAGACGAGCGUGGCUUCAGGAGAAGCGCCUUAUUCAUUGCGACAAAGAUUCGAGGCGUGUUGAAUACGAAGAGGUAGAUGAAUACGAAGAGGUGCAGGAUGAAGUCAUGUCCGAAGUCCCAUCCAGGGCGGAUGGUAGAGACACAGGUGCCAGCAACCCGGGUGAGGACAUUGAUCCUCCAACAUUCUCUGAUGGUGCUGAAGACGACUUUGACGAUGGUGGCUACGGCGGUGGUUAUGAGGGUGGUUUCGAUGACCGGUCAGACGGUCUUGCCUCGGGCGAUGAUCAGGAUAUGGGCGACGCUCCUGAGACGCAACCUGGAGGUGACCCCCGUUCAGAGUUGCCUGAAGAGGGGUCUGUCCCUUCGGAAAGCAUUGCGCCUACUCAGAUUGAAGAUGAGAUGUUGGGUGAACCAUCGUUCAUUGACACACUCCAGUCAACGCCACCUGCAAGCUCUGUCCAUGAGCCCGACCACCAUCACCAAGACCCUGAUCAGCCGCUCCAAUCGGUAGAGAGCUCGCUUGGCUCUACCUCCUUUGAGCCUCUUGUCCCACACGUUAAGCCACUAGUGGCUCCUCCUUUGAACGCAGGCCGGUUUGCUUCAGGUGUUGGAAGUGCUGGCUUUGGAAAGGGAGUUGUUGGCUACCGAAAGGCACGCGACCUUAGGGAAUGGGAGAAUGUAGAAGCUAUUACACUAGUAUUGAAGAAGUUAUAA